AUGUUAAAGAACUAAACAGCUGAUUAUUGAAAUAAAACAUUACAAGAAUCAGUUAUAAUUUCACACUUCCACUUUUAAUUCUAAAUAAAGUAAUAAGUUUGACAGUUUUUAUGUUCAUGAGUCUGCGAUUCCUUAGACGACUGAAGUGCUCCAACAUAAGGAUAUUUGCACUACAAACGAGGUCAAUAUCAUCAGAGAUAGAUGACCUGUCCUCGGCUUCCUCAGAUGAGGAAGGUGCAUCUGCUCCUUGUAAAAGCGGCCAAAAAGACGAAGGUAAGGAAGAUGUCAAGAUCAGUAAAGAACCUUUCAUACCGUCCCCAGACGUUCCUGGUUUGAGUUCCAACGUUUACCAAAUCAGUGAAGGACAGUCGUUUCCCGGGAUUUCAAAAGAGGGGACUUACAAGAAUCCAGAAUACUUCAGCUAUCACUGCACAUCCUUCUACGACGCGCAAGUCGAACUGAUGACUUACAGGCUUCCCCAGCCUUCUUCCAUAGACACACCGAAGAAGUGCCCACCACCAAUAUAUGAAGAGGAUUGUUAGUGUGAAACGCCAAAAGUGAAAUAAAGAUGGUGAUGCGGUUGGA